AUGGGCAAAUUCACAAAAGAUAAACGAGUAUAAAGAAAUUCAUCAUAUUCUAAAUAAGUAUUAUAUAAUAUACUUAUUAACUAUUAACUUAUCACUAUAAAAGCACUUUUCACCAUUUUUAGGAUAUUUAUUAUAGGAAAGCCAAAGAAGAUUAAUUCAGAGCCAGAUCAGCUUAUAAGCUAUUACAAAUAGAUGACUCCUUCUAAAUAUUUAGACAAGUUGAGAGAGCAAUAGAUUUAUGUGCUGCUCCUGGCAAAGUUGACAGAAAAGAAUUUCCUUCCAUCCGAGAGUUGCAGAAUAAUGGCUCCAUUAGAUCAUGUCACUUAAAUCCAAGGCGAUAUAACAAAAAAAACAACUGUGGAUGAGAUCUUAAAAAAGUUCAAUUACUAAAGAGCAGACAUUAUUGUUUGUGAUGGUGCACCUGAUGUCACAGGAUUUCAUGAUAUUGAUUAUUACAUCUAAUCCUAAUUGAUAGUGGCUGCUUUGAAUAUUUGUUUGAUGACUUUGAGAGAAAAUGGAAUAUUUGUUGCAAAAAUAUUUAAAGGUUCAGAUAUCAAAUUGUUGUACUCUUAAUUUAAAUUGUUCUUCAAUUAAGUGUAUUUUAUGAAACCCAAGUCAAGUAGAGCCUCAAGUGUUGAAUACUUUAUCAUAUGUCUUCAAUACACACCAAAAAUUUAAACUCAAAAUUUCCACUUAUACACAUUUCUUAAGGAAAUUGAAUAGGCAGAAAAACAGAAACAAGAAGUUAUUGAUUAAUAAACAGAAAAGGAAUAGUCCAAAUAUUACAAAUUUAUUACAUGUGGAGACCUGUCAGGAUUUGAUGAAAAUUGAGUAUAAACAUAAUUCAGAUUCAUUAUUCAAACUUUAAAAA